AUGGCUCUCAACUCUCGCCUGCGGAUCGUGAUCCCCAUCGUCGCGCUCAUCGCCCUCGUCGCCGCCCUUGUCCGCUUCCACGAGAGCAUCGCCAACAUCGACUCGCUCUUCAACCUCCCUAACCACGCGAAGCCAGACGACUCCAAACCCGCCCACGAUGAGCACCCGUCGACGAACCCCCCGUUGAAGGCGGACCCGAACCCGAAGCCCAAACCGAAUCCCAAACCCCUCUCUGAGCAGACGCCCGUCUACAAGCCCGCGCCGACAUACACCCCGCCGCCCGUUGUCGACCCCUUCCCCCUCCUCGCCAACACCGACGCCCCUCCGCCGCCGAUCCCCGCGCACAACGUCCCCCGGCCCGACCUCCACAAGACGUACGGCCUCGACCGCCCGCCGCCGCUCUUCAUCGGCUUCACCCGCCAGUGGCCCAUCCUGCUGCAGUGCGUCGUGAGCUACAUCACGGCCGGCUGGCCCGCGUCGGGCAUCUACGUCGUCGAGAACACGGGCGUGCAGUUCGCCAACGCCCGCGGCAAUCUCACGCUGCAGAACCCCUUCUACCUCAACCAUACGACCCUCCGCCGCCUCGGCGUCAACGUCCUCCAGGCCCCCGCGCUGCUCUCCUUCUCGCAGAUGCAAAACAUGUUCCUCCAUGAGGCCCACGCCCACGGCUGGCCGCACUACUUCUACUCCCACCAGGACGUCCUCGUCUACUCCCUCGAGGACGGCCCCGACGACCGCCACCGGCCCGGCGACCGCAAGUGGGAGUUUUACGAUGACGCUGACCGCGAGGAAGGGAUGCGGCCCGCGGCGGCGGGCCAGCCGGGCUACCGCACAAUCUACGAGAACUGCCUGCGCGACCUCAACACGACGCUGGCGCGGGGCGAGAGGUGGGGGUUCCGGUGGUACCAGUACGACCACCUGACGCUCGUGAACCGCGACGCCAUGGACGCCAUCGGGGGCUGGGACGCGCUCAUCCCUUACUACGCGACCGACUGCGACAUGAACGCGCGCCUGACGAUGGACGGGUGGACAAUGAAGCACCGACGGGCGGGGCUGAUCAACGACGUCUCGACGCACCUCGAGGACCUGGCCGUGCUCUACAGGGUCCCCGGGGCGGAGGCCAAGUUCGUCGACCCGAACCCGCCGCCGCCCGAGAAGAGGGCCGACGACGCAACAGCGAGCAAAGACCCGGGAGGAAGCGCGAAGCCGUCGUCGAACACCACCACCACCACCACCACCGCCGCCGCCGCCGCCGCCGACUACUUCCGCUCCAUAGUCAACGUCGCCCUCGACAUGACAAACUACAAGUACCGCGACAGCGACCAUAACCGCAACUCGUGGCAAAAGAGCCAGCACGGCGGCGCGGGCGAGCCCUACUACUACGACCCGGAAGGGUUCGCCGAGGCGUUUGAGGUGCUCGUCGCCGCGGGCCGCAAGAUCUUCGAGCUCAAGUGGGGUCGCGGGGGGUGCGACAUCGCCGAAGGGUACGGUUUGAGGAUCGAAGACCAGUGGCGCGUCAUGCCCGCCAACAAGAAGGACGACUGA